UGAAGGAUGGCCUAGAUGGACACCAUCCGGCACCUCUCGCUCUCUCGAUCCACUCGCCUUAUGGAAGCGCUCGUCGCGCGCUCCUCCGUGCUCUCGCCGGCGGCGGUCGCCGGAGACGCGUCUCCCUCCCCAUCGCGUAUCCGGGUGUCCGUCGCACUUCCCAGGUCCCGCAGGAGCCCUUCCACCCUCGCCAUCUCCACGCGCUGGCCGCGUGCUUCUCCCCGCCGUGGCGGCGCCCGCCUGCUCGCUGGGUCAGGGGAAGGCGGGUCCCUGGACCCCGCCGGUGAUGCGGGUGGCCAUGCGGAAGAAUCUCCCUUACUCGAGAAUAAUGUAACUCUACAUGAAAGCCAUCAUAUGGAUACCACUAAACAAGAUGAGAUUGGCAUUUGUGGAAAUGGUGGGAGUAACAUUGGUGGCUCAAGGACUGGACUAUUCAGAACACCUAUUUCAGGCGGUGUGCACAGUGCAACUGCUGUUCAUGAUUUACCACCGCCAGCUUUGGCAGUUCGCAAUCUCAUGGAACAGGCAAGGUUUGCUCAGCUGUGCACUGUCAUGUCUCGGAUGCAUCAUCGUCGUGCAGGAUACCCAUUUGGUUCUCUAGUAGAUUUUGCACCUGACCCAUUGGGCCACCCAAUCUUGUCGUUAUCCCCACUAGCCAUCCACACAAGAAAUUUGUUGGCAGACCCAAGAUGCAGCCUUGUUGUACAGAUAACUGGAUCGAGUGGAUUAUCAAAUACACGAGUAACUAUCUUUGGUGAUGUCAUUCCGUUGCCUGCUGAACAACAGGAAUGGGCUCAUCAGCAGUAUGUUUCAAAGCACCAGCAGUGGGCAUCUCAACAGUGGGGUAACUUUUACUACUACAGAAUGGAGACGAUAAGCGACAUAUAUUUCAUUGGAGGUUUUGGUACUGUAGCUUGGAUAGAUGUGAAGGAAUACGAGUCCCUGCAACCUGAUAAGAUUUCAAUGGAUGGAGGGGAGCAAUAUUUGAAGGAAAUCAACUCAAUGUUCUCAAAGCCUCUGAAAGAACUCUUAUCAACUGAAGGAGAGGUAGAUGAUGUAGCUGUUAUAUCAAUGGAUAGCAAAGGUAUCGAUAUCCGCGUUCGACAAGGUGCACAGUUCAACAUUCAGAGGAUAGCAUUUGAGGUGGAUCGCAGCGUAGAAACUCUGGACGAAGCCAAGGAAGCGCUUAGGAGGAUAAUCAGCAAGUCUCGGUGGCACACAAAGAGCUCCAUCUUGAGACGCCCUUGAAGCUGAAGCAGGAAAUUUUUGUACAGUGCGGUUGUUCUAGUAGCCUUUGUAUGCCAGAGUUGUAAUAAAGGAACUUCGUUUCAGUGAUCUGUUAGGGCCAAGACUCGAUUGCCUUGAGGUGCGUGUUGAAUAAACGUGAAAUUGGAAGUAUUUUUUGACAGUAAUAUUCGAAAAAUGUUACUGCGAGUGCUGUGUUGAGGUCACUCUUACAGGAUGUUCACCAGUUGAACUUCGCGGUAA